CAUCUCCAUUCUUCACCAGAGUAAAGAAUCUUCAAUAUCAUCUCAGAGAUUUCCAGAGAGAAAAAAAAUCUUCUAGCAAUUUUCAGUUCAAUUCAAUAUGUCUCAGAAAGUUGAUGAUAAAACCAUGGAGGUAGAGAAAGCAGCACCAGUUGAGAAGAAAUCAGUCAAGGAGAAGAAAGAAAAGGUUCCCAAAGAGAAGAAAGAAAAAGUUCCUAAAGAGAAGAAGCCUAAAUCUGAUAAAGCUUCUCAUCCUGCUCACCCACCUUACUUUCAGAUGAUUAAGGAAGCUUUGUUGGCAUUGAAUGAGAAAGGUGGAUCUAGUCCUCAUGCUAUUGCUAAGUACAUGGAAGAGAAACACAAAGAUGUAUUACCAGCAAAUUACAAGAAGAUGUUAGGUGUUCAAUUGAAGAAUUGUGUUGCUAAUCAGAAAUUGGUGAAGGUUAAAGCUUCGUUCAAGCUUUCUGAUGCAGCAAAGAAGGAGAAAAAAGCUGUUCCUAAGACUAAAACUGUGAAAUCUGUUGCUGCUGUUGAUGAGAAGACCAAGAAGAGGAAGAAACCAACAACAACAUCAUCAAAGCCUGCUAAGUCUACUGCUGCUGCUGCCGUUCCCAAAUCGAAAACUACUGUGAAGAAAUCUGAAACUGUUGCACCAAAGAAGAAGACUACUGCUCCAGCAAAGAAAGUUGCUGCUACUCCUACAAGGAAAGUUGUUCCUGCGAAGAAGGCCAAGAGAGCUACCCCUGUGAAAUUUAAACAGCCUAAAUCAAUCAAAUCUCCUGCUGCUAAGAGGGCUAAGAAGACUACUGCUGCUUAAUUAGAGAUGUCUAGAGAUGAUAAUGGGUUGUUUUUUUGUUAACUGUGUGUUUUCUUUAGAUGUGAAUAUAAAGAAAUUUCAUGGAUGUUUCUUUUUGCUUCUGCGUGUUAGUUGGUUUUAAUGGUUAGGGUCUAACUCGGUUUGCAGAAAUAUGUGGACAUAUUAUGUGUAAUCCUGCAACUCUUUGCUUUGGUUUAAUGGAAGAAGAAGUUUAAAUCC